AUGGACCCCGUUGCAACACCUCCCAGGAUAUCCAGAGUCGAUUCGCGCUACCGUCACCGCGCGCAAAACGUCCCGCCCCAGAGCGAACCUGUGCCGCAAUCUGAAGAGAAAGAGGAGGAACCAAGCCAGGAGGACCUUAUCCCUGAACUGAGAGCCAGAGACAGCAUGAGCAGAGGCCAUCGCUUCUUUCACCGUCGUGCUGCGCUAGGCAACACGAAGGUUGUCACUGUCGCCGUCGAAGUAGUCGGAACCGUCGAUACCAGCGGAAGUUUCAUCGCUCAGGAGACUAUGGCGCCCGUCACACCUCAGUCCCCAGAUGCACCUGCACUACCGACUGCUGCAGCAGUCGCAGCGCCUUCACCCGCACCAGCGCCCUCAGUAGCCCCCGCAGCGCAGCAACCACUGCCCUCCGCUCCCUCACCCGGUGUCCCAGCAGUACCAGCAGUACCUACAGUUGCGGCUCCUGUGCUUCCGUCCGUCCCAGCAGUCCCACCUUUCCCAAGUGACCUGGUGGUUCCCACCGUUCCUGCGUACCCAUACUCUACAGGCGGCCAAGUCCCGGCCACUUCAGACUUGAGCGCAUCUCCAAUUCCAACUGGUGCCCCCAUAAGCAUUGCGACUCCAUCUGCAGCCCCUGUGCCGCUAUCAGAUGUUAGUUUUUUCUUGAACUCGACCGCAUCUAACGCUCCGACUCGCUCGACAUCUUCAUCGGCAUCGCAAUUCACGUCCUCGUCCGACGCAGCGUCAUCUUCUCAAACUUCAGCAGAAUCUGCUUUCACUAGCAGUACCGUCAUCUCCUCGGAUGCUGCGUCAACAACAGCAUACUAUGGUGGUGCCGGUGGGGAUGCGUCUGGAACGGCGGCUGCCCCUGCUGCCACCACAGCAGGCAUCUCAGAUGCUGAUGCCGACACCGCUCCUUCUCCACUUGAAACCCCACAGGUCGUCGGAAGUGUAGUGGGCAGUUUGGCAGGCGCUGCGCUCAUUCUCGCCAUAAUACUGCUGCUGCUUAGACGUCACAAGCGGAAGCAGGGCGGUGCUUUACAACUCACUGGCGACGAUCACACCGAUAACAACCAGUCGAUGAGGCAAGCACCCACCACAGCUAGUACUUUGGCUCCUAUCGCCUUCUUGAACCGUUUCUCUGGUUUGUCAGGGAAGACUGCGGAAACCAACCUCAGUGGUGGUGAACGCAGCUUUCAACGGGUGUCAGGGCGCAAGCUUCCUUCCGCCUUCAGCGAGGGCAUGACAUCAGAUCAGUUCUCUCGUGGCGGCACAAUGUCUGGGUCUUCUUUCUACCAAGAUGAACACGGCACAUAUGGCGGUCCCGGCAUGUCAAAAGAGUUUGGCAAGGAGAUCGGUGACAGCCCAACGAACCGAGAGUCAGGACCCAUGAACAUUCGACCCAGCCCAGCCAGGACACCAGUCAUACGGCAUCCUGAUGAUGGCAACCCCUUCUCGGACCGUCACUAUCUCAGUCCGCCACAAUCUCCAAAUCCCGAUGCCCCACCCAGAGGCACUCUUGGUAGAAGUCUGCCUUCGGCGGAUGGAUCCAGGUCAUCUCGGUUUACAGAGAACGUUUGA